ACGAAGAUUACUAAAAAAAUAUUUUUAUACAUCGGGACCCGGCCCGUCUCCCGAUGGACCUGUUACAUCAUUCACGCUCUUACAUCUUUAUUGGGUUUUCGUUAACAGCUAAUUUUCUGCAUUCAAACGAUACAUGUACAUACUUACAUAUAUACAUAUACUCACAUAUAAACAUACAUACACUUACACUAUUUGCUUAGUGCGAGAAAAAUUUGAUUUUUAAUCCUAAUUCUUGAAGCAUUGGCAUUUAUUUCAGGUCCACCUGGCCCACAUCCAUUUCGUGCAAUGGGUAUAAGUCAAACAUUUUUGGAAUCAUCAUCUUACCCCAGCCAUAUGCGUGACUACGAAGUGCGUCGCUCCAUGCGCCAAGCAACGGCUGUGUCUACAAAUGCUACCACACUGCCACAAUUAGCCAAUCAUUCAUCGCCCAAUAGCAGUCGGACAAUAAAUACAGAUGCGUAUAAACCAAAUGCGGCAGAGAUAUCAGAAUCUAAUCAACUGAUGGGAGCCACAGACUGGACCACUGGCUAUGCAUCGACCAGCCCAGGCGCCUACAGCGGCUAUCGUACGCAUCCCAAUUCAUACCAGUACCCACAUCCAACACAGCCCGCUGCCGCCACCACGAAUCUAUCCCACUAUGGCUAUGACACUAGUGUGCCUCCUCCACUGGCUGUGGAACAUCCCAACCUACAUGUACCCAGCAUGCUCACCGACAUGUCAGCGCUAUGCCCUACCAGCGAUUAUUCGCACAGCGGCAUGACAGCGUCCGCCAGCUCUUUUGUACCCCAUGCUCAGGCGCCCAUUUGUAGCCCCACGCAUUACGGUGGCUGCAAAUCGGAAAUGGAGUCACUCAAUCCCACCUACUCAUCGUACAAUAGUUUCGCCAACGGUUACAGCAACUACAACUAUAGUAGUUGUGCAGCACAAGGAGCCGCGUACCCGGGGCAGACGCCACACACAAUGGUACUUUAUCCACAACUCUAUUCCACAGUUAACCAAAACCAAAUUCAUGUGCAUGUCCAUGAAAAUUCGCUAACCAUCAGCUCGCUGGCUGGCUGUCGGCCGAGCAUUGAGAUAGGGAUCGGCACCUCAGAUCACGAAACGAUGGGAGCGCAAGGAUCCUCACAGGCAUUGCACGAUGGUCAAAUGGGAAAUGCGAAUAAUAGUGGUGGAGGUGGAGGUAGUGCCACAGCAGCUGGCGUUAACAGUGCUGCCGCUACGGCCACACCUGGCGAACAUUCACUGCAGCACCAGCACCCGCAACAACAGCAGCAGCAGCAAUCGCAAGUACAACAGCAAACACAACAGGGGCAUUUGGAGGUGGCACAAGGAGACGCGAAUGUGCCUGGUGAACAACACAGUGGAGCGCGUGCAGAAGAUGUGGGAGACAUGGGUAAUGUAUGGCGCCCAUAUUGACCGGGCGCAGACGAAUUUGGCAAAGCUAUACAGGCAAGUGGCGGUUGUGCAACCGUAAGGAAAUAUUUAUUAGCACAUUGAACUGAGCUGGAAACUUAAAUCCGGAGGAGGUGAAAAUUUAUUACAUACAUAAAUUUUACAUAAACAUUUUAUGUGUAUGAUUAUGAAAAUAUAUAAUAGAAUUAAAAUAAAUUGUUUAUGAAUAUUUAGUUAGUUUGUAAUCUCCCUCCUAGAAACAACUGGUUCUAAAUUUUUAGUUUGCAUAGUAGAAAUAAGUAAAUAAAUAAUUCGGAGAUUUAUACCUAGUUUAAUCGCACCAGUCUCUGGGAAUCAGAUUUGAACCGUUUUAAAGUAGUGCUUAAGUAGCGUAUCUAAGGUUACUUUCUAUGCUCUGCUGAAACGAUUUUCCAUUUGCCAUAGUCAUGGAGAGCAUUCGUACUUUAGAUGGACAGUACUUUUUUAAGGUUCAUUUACUUGUCUUUAAAAAAAUUUGUUUUGUCCUUUAUUGCAAAAUACGUUCUUUGAAAAUGUUUCUUUUAAUAUGUAUAACA